CAUUCUGCUCCGGACGCGAGAGAAGGGGGGUGGGGUGGCAGCUUAACACACCGUGGCGAAAUCUCUGAAGCGUGUCAGCAGCAAGAAAAAUGUGUAUCUACGGCAGAAUGUCAUAUAGGAGGUGUUAGAAAACCCAUGAACAUGUAACUUCAUUAUAGGACCUGGCUCGAGACGUUUUCAUUCGGUGCUUGGACAAAGAUGAGACUGUACCUUCUCCUUGGAAUAGUGAUGGCAGGCUAUAUUGUAAAAUUGAAUGGUGAGAGAUGCUCGGACUGCGUGCACCUGGACUACACGAUGAGGGGCCUCCGGACCAUCUCUCGCUCCCUGCUGGAUUCCCUCCUACUAGUGCGCAACCUGAACUGUCUCCAGGACAGUCCGGAUACACAGAUCACGUGUCCUCAGGACAACUCGGGUAUGGUGGUCAAGUGCAAGAAGACCCAUGUUGUGGUCCAGGCUCACGGAAUCUUGGGAGUAGAACCUGACGCCGAGGUCAUUUUAUUGGCGGUAGAACGUCGCUGCGCCCUGGUGGAUCCCGCACACGGUAACAAGUGCAUCAGCCACAUGGAGGAUACGUCAGUGUCCUCGUAUAUCUCCAAGACUCUCACCCAUCUGACAAACACAUGGAGCACCGUCAAUUAUACUGGCGCCAACUGCUACUUUGAUCCUCAUUAUGACGUCACAACACAUGCAAGAGAGGAAAUGACAAACGUUGAAACAUCGACGCAAGCAGUGACAAAAAUAUCUCCGCAAGCUGUAUCAGUCGCAGACAAUUCAACAGACCUCGUUGCUGAAUCCAAUGCGCUUGAAAAUAGUCUGAAUAUCAAUACUACUUCAGAGCUUGCUACCAAUACAUCUGAGCCCUCAAGUUUAACCAGAAAGACUGAAUUAGUAGAGAGGAAAGAACUGAGGGAGAAAGUGAGAAAGUUUGUUCAUUUGAUCAGGAAUUACAAUGAUGCCACCAAUGUCAAAUUGAGUGCGCUAGUAGUAAUAAUGUCCUUUGUUACUCUCUACUUGUUGAAAACACACCUCACAUGUUGAACUAUGUCUGAAGGACAAUUUCAUCCAUCAUAAACAUCAUCAGGCAACUGUUGGUUUUUAUCCAUUAGGAGUUUAAUUUGUUGACACAAUCAUGCUUUUGUUUGAUAAUGAUUCUUCAUUUUGUUUUAUAUCAUUUUUUAAUAAAAAAUAUGAACUAAAAAACUUAUUAGAAUCAUUU